AGUCCGAUGUUAGUCCUUAUUAGAAGUGCUACACUUUGGGCUGAAGAGAGGAGUAGAUAUAGUAGUAGAGGUAAAAUAGGUCACCUGGAAACAGAAGUAUCAGAAGUGACAUCUCUACUCAGAGAUAAUGUAGAAAAGGUUGUAGAAAGAGGAGAUAAGAUCAAUGAUUUACAGGACAGAACAGAUGAUCUUAGCUCUAGUUCAAUAGGAUUCAGAAAGGCUUCAACUAAACUGAAACGUAAAGCAUGCUGGCAGAACUGUAAAAUGACAUGUAUAUUAAUUCUUGUGAUAGCAGCUAUUAUAGCUGUCAUAGUCAUUGUAGUUGUAGUUGAACACCCAUGGAAAAGUUCUGAUAAGAAAAAUAAUUCAACAUUAUCAAUCACAGCUGCAGCUAAUGGAUCUUAAGAGUUACCUCCCAUAUUAUGAUAUACCGAGCCUUGAGCCUUUAUUUGGUCUAAUUUUACACCAUCUCCAUCAGUGAAUUCAAAUGAAAAAUGGAAGAACUUUUUGUAUGCCUGAAAAUCUAGGAUAUCUUAUAUUUUUUUUAUCAAUUAUCUUUUGAAAGUUUUUACCGAAGUAAAAGUUGUCUCUUUGUUUUGAUUUUAAGUUAUAGUUUUAGUAUUCGAAACCACAUAUAUUACAUGAUUAGCCUUAAAUGCUGCUGGAAUAGGUCAUAAUGUUUUAUAUUAUUGCAUGGCUAAGGGACUGUGGAAGUCUCUCAUACGAAAAUACUGUUGUAAGGGUCUUUUAUAACAUCAUUAAACCAGAAGGUUACAGAGUAUUCUUAUGGAAGCAAAUAUAGUUUCAUUCAUUAUAGAACCUAACUUUCCUAAGAUAGCUUUUAGAUGUUAUGUUGUGAUUUCUGGUAAAGUGACCAAUUUUAUAUGCAUGUUAUACUUGUAUUUUAACACUGUUUUAUGUGCCAAAUUAUAUCCAGUAUAUUAACAUUCCAUAAUCUUUAUAUUUUCUGAAUGUUUUUAAAAUAUAUGAAUAUAAUAAUCUUAUCUAUAUAAUCUAAGGACUUAUGAAAUCAAAUGGUUAUAUAUAACAAACCUUAUAUCAACGGGUAAAUUCUUACUUAACUUUGAUCAUACUUACAAUGCCAAAAGCUUGGUAGUACCGUAAACCAAUCAAAGGUUAAAAGUGGCAUGAAUGUUAUCAUUUUAUACAAUAGAGAAAUAACAUGUAUUUUUGUAGAAAAACAGUAAAUGAAUGCUAAAAUCUUAAAUGUAUAUAGUUAUUUCAUCAUCCAAGAUUGCCUACAAGUGAUGUGACUUUGAUCUAUUAUUUGAAGUGUGGAUUGUUUUUAAAAGUGCUUUAAGGUCCCAAUUGCAUAGAAGAUUUUCUUUGUUUUAAGUUUUAUUUAUGAACUGUGCAAUAUUAAAGAGAUUAGGUCCACAGUCAAUGAGUCAUUAUUUAUGAUUUAUAAAUUGAUGAAUGAAAUCAAUAUUUAUAUACAUUUGAUAAUAUUAAUUAAUGAUAGUUUCUAAUGAUACAAUUUAAGUUUAUGAUUAUCUGUGUCUUAUGACAAUCUUAAUUAAAAUGCAAAUCAGCAUGACCCAAUACAUUGAAACAAUUGUGACUGAGUGACUGUAACGCAAAUGAAAUGACGAUUUUCAAAGUUUGCACUACUGUAAAAAUAUUUUCUUUUCCUUUAUGAACUAAGGAUUGUAUUGAACUACGUGCAUUACCUUUAUUUCUAGUAAUACUCGCACAAUGAAAAGUUUUUACUUUGUAUAUUUUUAUUCUAUGUGAAACAGUGAUUCAGAGCACUUGCUUGUUCAGUCUAUUUGAAUUAAUUGCAUGUGUAUAUACCAAUGUUUAUAUUCUAAUCUUGUACCAUUAAAGUAUUUUUUUAAAUAUUG